AUGGCCGCCUUCAGAGAGUUACAAGCACUCGAGACAUCGGAUGGGACCAAUCACGACUUCAUGCUCGCCGCAGGUGUGGACGACGACGACAACAACAGUGACGACGGUUUCUUCGAAGAGCUCGACCAUCUCGGCCACACACCCCAUGAACCCUGGAUCGUACACUCGACGACGCUUCGUCUCGACAUGGGUAACUCCAAGGUCUUCAUUUUGAACGAGCUCGAGCAAUUCAUACUAUAUUACUUUCGCCGAUACCAGCCGAAGCCAGUCUGCACGGACAGUGACGACGAAGAGGCCAACGAACAAGGCGACAUCGUUGAAGAAGCGCCCAUCGAUUCGAAGCCGCGAGUGAAAUGGUCGUACAACACACUUAAAGAAGUGAUGACAGCCGUCACACAGCGAGCCAGCUUCAGAUGGAACGACUUCAAGCUCACCACACGUCAAGAAAUGCGAGCAAAAGGUGCUAUCGAACGGACGCUCAACGACGGCUAUGCAUCCAAACAAGAGUGCGUCUCCCGCGAUCAGGCUCUAGGAGUGUACUUCGUCCGUCGGAUGUCGCGAGGCAUGAUCCAGCAUGCUCUCGACGGCCACUUACCUUCCUGGGAUACUGCUGUGUUGUUCACCUUAGCUAUCGUCGUACAAGCCGCCCUCAAUUGUCGCUUGGGAGACAUACUGGCCGCCAACAAUGCAGAAGAGUGGCCCAAGGAACAAACACCUUCGCUCACGUACGAUGACGUGAAGUUGGUACUUGAAGGGGGCACUUCAAUCGAAGACAUCAAGGGCGAAUGGACAAUCAGGAAUGCCAAAAGCAGCUUCGAUCACUCUGGAUAUUUGCUCGCAACUUCCAUUUCUCGAGCAGGAUAG